GCUGGACGGGUAGUGUUCAGGGGGGGAAUAAUGUAAUAAUUAUAGGACCCUCGGGGAUACUGGAUGACGGCUUGUGGUUGGUGGACUAGAAUGGUCGUGAGGGACUACCAGAUCACUAACGUGUUUAGUUGGUUAUUAGUUGAUGCGCUGGUCCUCUCUGGGUUCUCUUCUAUCUGUUUUGUCUCUCUCUCUCUCCUAUUUCUUCUUCUUCUUUUUAGGAUUGAUGUUGAUCGUUGCUACCCUCAGAAAGAAAGUUUGAAUAGACGGGACUACUUUCUGUUGGGGGGAAAGGUACCCCUCCAUGAAAUGACUGUUAGCAAUUAAUGACUGAAUGCAUAAUAUUGCCACGGUAUCCUGGUAGAAA